AUGGCGGACAUUUACGACCUUCAUUUCGCGACGACCUCAGCUGUCUAUGACGAACAAGUGAAACAAGUGCUGACGAAAUGGUCAGGUGACGAACACUUGGUUGGCUUCAAAGACUAUUUCGAGCGCACAUGGGUAACAAGCGCAUUUUGGCGAUGGCAGUCUUUUCAUACGCCGAGUGGAUUUGCCACAACGAACAACCCGGUCGAACAGUUCAAGAGGUUGAUAAAGCGUGACUACACUCUCCGAACGAAGCACAAGAUCGGAACAUUGGUCCAGUUGCUCGCGGAUUGCUGUCAGCAUCAAUCUGUCACCCCCAAGGUAUUCAAGGAAUUGCCUGAGCCAACUCAACAGCUCAAAGCUCGAGUAAAAGAUUUCCGGCGCCGAGAUCUCCUUCUCGACAGGAUUUCUGGACGGUCGAGCAUUGAGUUCUUACUGGCGUCCCCGAACCCGAAUGAGGUUAGUGUAUUGUCGCGCGGCUGUUCUAGCGUUUAUCUACCUGAGUUGGGGCGUAGUAGAGAAACAGCCACUGUCUCGGCUCAGAUGGGCACCAAUUACGCUCGCAUGGAGAUGGAGGGUCAGCCGGAUGGUGACUGGAGCGUCGACGUUACUGCGAUGACAUGUGGGUGCAAGUAUUACUUCAAGUUCUCAAUAUGUAUUCACCUUCUGUUUGCUCUUCAAGUUAAGAGCCACACCGGUUUGGAUGGAAAGAGAACCCUCGUGAACUGCACGGUAGCGAGAAAGCGCCGCCGCACUCGGCAAGAAACUCCCCAUAUUAGCGGCGCGAGUUCCCAAGUUCCUGUUGGUCGUCCUCGGACAAACGGCCACGCACUUAGCAUGGACUAA